CAGGGAUCCUACACAUGACAGUCUCAGAGUUCCCGAACUUCUUACAUGGCGCUGGUGAGAAAAAUCAAUGCUUCCGACAAUAUCUACAUCACGGAAUCCACCACAGGGAACCUGUUCAGCCUGACCCAGGAGGGGGCUCCCUUGUGCCGCAUCAUAGCCAAGAUUGUGACCAUCUUGGCAAACCUGUCUGUCCUCGAGCAGUGUGCGUCUGACAUCAUUCAGGAGAAUGGGGUCCAGCUUCUCAUGGGUAUGCUGUCCGAGAAGCCAAGGUCUGGAACCCCUGCCGAGGUGGCGGCUUGCGAGCGAGUCCAGCAGAAGGCCGCGGUGACUCUGGCCCGUCUCAGCCGAGACCCAGAAGUGGCCCGGGAGGCCGUGCGGCUGAGCUGUAUGUCCCGCCUCAUCGAGCUCUGCAGGUCGCCCUCCGAGAGGAACAGCAGUGAUGCUGUGCUUGUGGCCUGUCUGGCUGCGCUGCGUAGACUGGCCGGGGUGUGCCCUGAAGGCCUGCAGGACUCCGACUUCCAGCAGCUGGUCCAGCCCCGGCUUGUGGACUCUUUCUUACUCUGCAGCAACAUGGAGGAGAGUUUUGUGUAGCGAGUGUGUGAGAGGAAAGGCAUUUGGCCCCAUUCUCAUGCCCUCUCUGAGUACAUACCUGUGAACACACCUGAGCACGCACCAGCUCCCUCACCUCCUUAUUUAUACUUAAUUUAUUUUUUACAUGAAAUGGACAGAGGGCUAAAUAUUCUAGCAACAUCAUCAGGCAGUCUGUGGGCCUGGGAGUCUUUUUUGUUUUUAUCUCUGACUUCUGUGACUUUGCAGUUACAGAUAUUGAAAUGUAUCAUGCCUAACAUGACUUAUUGUCAUGGGCGAUUUCCCUUCAUCUUGCUUUUUCUACUCUCACUAUGUAAUCUUGCCUCGUUUUUCCCCCUUUUGGAACCAGAGUAUGUAAACCCAGCAGUCUUUUGGCUUUUUUUUUUUUUUUUAA